AUGAGUUGUCCAACAGUAAGUAAUGACUCAGGUGAAUGUAUGUUUGAAAAUAAUGCUCUAGAAACAAUGUCAAAUGAUAAUACCACUAACAGACAAUCUGAAGAAGAGGCUGUCGAAAAAAUGAAGGAAAAGUGUUCAGUUUGUCUUGGAAAUAUAACAGAUCCAACUAGAUUGGAAAGUUGUGAUCAUAGUUUCUGUUAUAAUUGCAUAAGGCGAUGGCUUUUGCACUGCGAAAUCAACUCUUGUCCACUGUGCAAAAAGCCCAUAACCUGUUUACUUCGAGUAUUAAAUGCUCAUACCUCACAGAAAAUAUUAAUGAAUGAGCUAGAAGAUGAACUGGCUUCAGAAAGAAGAGCUACAAGAUGUAAUGCGGUCCCUCUCGUUUCUGAGAGAAUGUUAUUAACUAAACGAAUUCAUGAUCUCAGAGCUCUAGUCUGCCGAUUAGAGAAUUGCCCUAUGUCGAAUGAACGUGAAUAUAGAGAAAGAGUAUCAGAACUGACCGCUCUGAGGCUUCUUACUCAGUCAAUCGACGAUAGAAGUAUCACUAGAAGCGAACUCACAAGUAAUAUAAAGUUUCGUUUCGUUAUUUAUUGCUGCGAUGCUCCUGCAUUUAUCGUUGAUUCCAAUGAUAAUCCAUCACGAAGAAAUUUCACAGUUAAACUAUGUCGUGAAAACAUGGAAAGCAAUCGUGAACGGGUAGUUCCUUUCAUCAUCAAUGAGCUUAUAGUUAUUACAAAUCUCUUGAAACGCGAGCUAAGAGUUAUGACUCGCUCUGUUGAAGGACGAUACGCUGUCGCUAAUAGAAUUUUUGAGUCUUGUGGUAUAUAUCAGAUAAUGGCACCGCCUUUCAAGACGUCUUUGAUAAGUAUUGGUUUCCCUCCGUUCAUUAGUGAAAGGUUCCAGCAUGAACUUUUCGAGUUUGCUAGUAGCGGAUUGGAAUGCGAAGAUUAUUGGAAAAUAGUAGGAUAUCGUCUGAGAGGAGUUCCUGUCUCCACACCUCGACAAUCUAAUAUAGUAGUCGUUUUGGACGAUGUUCAGGAAAAUGCAGAAGAUGAGGAUGAUAUACUUAUAAUUGAAGAUCCACGUCACAAUAAUGAAUCUUCCCAAUCUCUAAUACCUUUCUCACCGGCUCUUGAAGUGGAGGAUGUUUAUGGUCAUAGAUGGGACACUGAUCCAAUGAGCUUUUAUGCUUAUCGCCCUUUUCGUCCAAGAUGUCCGCGUGUAGCAAAUUUAGGGACAACAGUUGUUCUAUCCUCGGAUGAAGAAAGUGAUGGAAACAGUGACAUCCAUGACGAUAGAAUGGACACUUCUGAAGAAUCUGCAAUAGAUAGAUCUAUUCAAAGGGAGAGUGACGCGCUCAAUGUGACGAGCUCUACUUCUACUACAGGAUCACCCGAAAAAAAAAAAACGAAAAAAACGAGUCAUAGCCUCCAACGUGCAUCUUUGAGACGGAUCGACCGAGCUAUCAAAAAGAAAGAAAUCGAUAAAAUAGAUCAAUGGGCUGAAUUCUGCUCAGAAGCAAGAGAAAGAAUAGAUCAAUUCAAAUCCAAAUGUAAAACUAGAAAAGAUGAUGGUGAUAGGCAUAGGCAUAAAGAAAGAGAUAAAUUCAGACUAGGUUAUAGAGGAUCCAGUCAUCGCAGUAGGAACUGCAAUUGA